CUCGACCAACGACGGUCGCCGAAUCGCACGAGUAGCUUCACUUAUAGAUCUCGUGACCACACUUAUCAGCAAUGGACGUCGAAGAGUCACCCUGGGCCGACUCGUCUCAGGCCUCCCAACAGGCGUCGCAGCCCGAAGGCUCGGCCUCCCAGUCGUCGGCAGCUCCCUCCGCUUCCUCGUCGGCCCCUCGUCCUUCGCGCGGCCCGCGUCGCCUCGUCGCCCAGCCCACCCGUCUUGAAGCUGUCGAUGAUCCCCUCGGUCCUCUCGGUGCCGCAUCCGACGACAAUGCCCCUGCCCAAGACGCACCUCCGGUGCCUCCGCAAAAGGAGCAGGUGGUGAUUCGUACCACCAUGCCCCAGCCUCAGCAGCAGCAGCGACGACCUGCGGAUCCUCAUCACAUCGAGGAAGAGGAGUUUGAUGGACCAAAGGGACCUAGGGCGCCCCCGCCUGUCGAGGCUGCUCAGCCCAGCGCGGUGAGGACCAGCACUCAGCCAAGUGUUAGUGUUGAGCAGGCCGCGAAGCCCUCGUUCCAAAUUACUGUGGGAGAUCCUCACAAGGUCGGCGACCUGACGAGUUCCCACAUUGUUUACUCUGUUCGCACCAAGACCACUUCCAAGGGAUACAAGCAACCCGAGUUUGAAGUCAAGCGCAGAUACCGUGAUUUCCUCUGGCUUUACAACACUCUUCACGGCAACAACCCUGGUAUCGUCGUGCCGCCCCCUCCCGAGAAGCAGGCCGUCGGUCGAUUCGACAGUAACUUUGUCGAGAGCCGUCGAGCUGCCCUCGAGAAGAUGCUCAACAAGAUCGCUAUACACGCUACGCUACAACACGAUCCUGAUUUGAAGCUCUUCCUCGAGAGUGAAGCGUUUAAUGUUGAUGUGAAGCACAAGGAGCGAAGAGAGCCUAUCCCCACCGAGAGCAAGGGUAUGUUUGGAUCUCUGGGUAUCAAUGUUGGUGGUGGAAACAAGUUUGUGGAGCAGGAUGAAUGGUUCCAUGAUCGCAAGGUCUAUCUUGAUGCACUCGAGAGUCAACUCAAGGGUCUCCUCAAGGCCAUGGAGACGAUGGUCGGUCAGCGCAAGAUGAUGGCUGAAGCUGCUGGUGACUUUUCGGCUUCUCUCCAUGCACUUUCCACAGUGGAGUUGUCGCCAUCCUUGUCAGGUCCUCUUGAUGCUCUCUCCGAACUCCAGCUUACAAUCCGCGACGUGUAUGAUCGACAGGCCCAGCAGGACGUUCUAACUUUUGGUAUCAUUAUCGAGGAGUACAUUCGCCUCAUUGGAUCUGUUAAGCAGGCGUUUGGACAGCGACAGAAGGCAUUCUACUCAUGGCACGCGGCCGAAUCAGAGCUGCAAAAGAAGAAGUCCACGCAGGACAAACUCCUCAGACAAGGAAAGAGUCAGCAAGACCGACUCAACCAGAUGGGAGCUGAAGUUGGAGAAUCGGAGCGAAAGGUUCACCAAGCUCGACUCCUUUUUGAGGAUAUGGGCCGAUUGAUGAGGAGCGAGCUUGACCGAUUCGAACGAGAGAAGGUGGAGGAUUUCAAGAGCGGAGUUGAGACAUUCCUGGAGAGUGCGGUUGAGGCGCAGAAGGAGCUCAUUGAGAAGUGGGAGACGUUCCUUAUGCAACUGGACGCUGAAGACGACGACUCGGCAUUCUACAGACCCCCUGUAUACCAGCAGCCGCAGCAGCAACAGCAAAAGUCGGGCGAUACCGCAGUUGAUCGCGCCCGAGCCAGGAUAGACGAGGACUCGGACUAGGUUCUCCGAGCCGAUUGGUCUAGCUCCCUCUACCAUUAUUACAUUUUAUAGCGAAACGGAGGAUCUCGUGUGAUGGAGAUGGAGAGGAACUCAAAUCCGUGGGGACUGUUUGACUAUUGACCACUUCCGAGAACUGGAGACCGUGUUUUUAUAUCAUACAAGCCUCGAGGCCUAACACUGUUGUACAUAUUGAACCUCCCCAUCCACCUCAUGCUCCGUAAUGCUCGGGUCUUGCCAGUAGUAGUUUAGACAUGACACAUUUAUACCCCUUAUGUUGGAACUGGGCAUGAUAUCAAGGUGUGGGCAAUGGCCUCAACAAUCCAAUGGCCACACCAAGCCGCCGUUUACUUUCUCUUCUUGGCCUGCUUCUUGGGCCCAGAGUCCUUCAUGGAUGCAGCAUCUUGCGCUGGCGCAUACCCUGUAAU